GGCUAGCCUUGAUUUCCCCGUCAAGGCUUUCUUUCCAUAAUAAUUAUGGACCAUAGAAUGCAAUCAAAAUUUUUAAUGAACCCACAAAAGCUCGAGAAAAAGCAAGACAAAAUUCAGAAAGAGUUGAGCGAGCCAGUGGAAACUUUCAAACAUAGACUUUACCUGAAUUAAAUUAAAUUAAAGGAACCAAAAUGGUUCGAAGAAGACUUCUGAGUAGUUCGGCCAAGCAGGCUUCGAUGAGCGCCUACCAGAAUUUCUGGCAGCAGCAGCAGCAGCGGCCUCAAGGUCACCUGGUUGCCUCCAUGCCCCAGUACUGGCACUCGAUGUGCCACAAGCUGGGCGGAGCAGCGCCAUUGAGUCCAUCGCGUCGUCAACUGGUGAAGCAGCCCAGGGAAACCCAGCAGCAGCAGCACUUGCCACUUCAGAGGGAGUACCAGACCGUGUGGGGCAGAUGCUGUGGCAAUCAGGGAACUCUGCUCAAGCCUGGUGCCCUUAUGCCCGGAUUUCCACAUCUGGGCUACCGCCAAGUACCCACCAGACCUGUGGCUACCCUGCAACCCCAAAGAUCCUUUCAGUAUCAGCAGGGAAAUCUUCUCAGUUAUCCUGCGCACGUUCCAAUGCAUCAAAUGUCCUGGCAUCAGCAGCCUCAUCGGCCCGUUCCUGUGGGUAUUUUGAAGAAAACGUCGCAGCUGGAGAGUGCUGGAGUUCACAAUGCCAAAAGAGUGACCAUCAAGGCACCCGUUCAGUUUCAGGCGCCUUUAGUGGAGCCGGUAAAGCCCAUGCCCGAGGCUCCACGCAGGCCAAGCAAGAGGAUGCGACAGCACUUGCUGAGGAGGGAGCAGCAGAGGAUGCUGCAGCAUCAGAUUUUGUACCAAAAGCAUCUCCAGAAGCAGCAGCAGGAGCAGAAGGAGCUCCACAAGCAGCAGAAGCUACGAAGGAGGCUCCAGAGAAGGCAGGAGCACCAAAAGGCGGCGCUUCAGAAGCAGCAGCAUCGCCUGGAGCUGGAAAAGGUGCAACAGCAACUGCAGCAACAUCGCCAGAAGCAGCAGCAGCAGCAGCAGCAGCAGCAGAAGUUUCUGGAGCAAAGUAAUUACUUUAAUUUCGGGAAGUUCGCCAGCAGCUUCAUAGAAAAUCCAGACUCGGAUAUUUGUGUGCCUCAAAUCCCGAAUAGAAAUCAAAACUUUUCCUAUCAGGAAACCAAGAAGAGUCCUGACACAACCAAGCCGCAAGAAAAGCCUGGAGUUCCCAGGAAGAGAGUAAAGUAUAGCAGAGACGAGAUACGCUCCAAGGAUCCUCUGGAUUUGGAAAACGAAAGCAGCACCAUAACCCUAACCACAGAACAAAGUCAAGCCGAUUGGGAGCCCGCAAAGACUCCUCAUCGAAGCAGAACUUCUCUGGUGGACAAGGCCACCAAUACCCAGAUUAAUCCUUUGGGUGAACUCCUCAAACAGGUGCCUCUGAAAGCCACCUUGGAUACAGCGGGUAAGGGAUCCAGGAAGCUCAAUAUCAACGAACUUUUGAGGAGUGAACAGGUCAAGGGAUUGAAUGCGGAUCCCAUGUGUCAGUCGCUGAUGCAACUGGUGACACUUAUGUGUGAAUCCAAGGAGAAACCAGCUGACGCACAGGGGACGCAGAGUCGGCUGAGGGCAGGAUCCGGCGGGGAUGAUGGUGGUCUCCGGAAACGGUACUCUGUGUAUCUGAUGGUGGCCUCAGAUGAGGACGAGGACGAAGGUGAACUGCUGACCAAGUCUGAGAUGAACAGAAGAAACCCCACAGGGGAUGAAAGGAUUCGGCGGGAAGAAGAGGAGUUCUCGCAACGCUGCGCCAAUGCCUAUCAGGAGGAGUAUCCCAGAUUUGGUCGUCGGAAAAGGAUGCGAAAGCGUUUGAGCAGCCGCCUGGAUGACCUGGAAUGUCACUCUUCUGGUCCACUGCCAUUUCUGCCCAUGAGAAGGCCCCUGCACUGGCCCAAGCCGGAUUACUCGAAGCUAAGCCAAGGACGAUCGAAUCUUAGCCGCACUCCUUCAAGGAUUCGAUCCCGCACCUCAUCCAAACAGAUUAUCCAAAUGCGUAGUCCAAGAUCCGUGUGCUCAGUUCUAGACCCGAAAUGCAGCUGGAAGCUGUGGGAGGAUCUGCCCAUGACCGCCAAGACCCUGAACAAGGCCUACAGUCGCCUCUGGAGUGUAUCGGGGGGUCAGAGCUGUACUAAAUUUCGGAAUUACUUAAGAACCCAAAUCCUUUCCAUUUUUUCCAUGGCUGACAUAGUCAAUCCCUUGUCUCUGACUAUUGAGCAUGGUGGCAACGAGAGCAGCACAUCCACGGAAGCCAUGGAACCCAAGGGGGAAGAGGAGAAUCCCGAGGAGCAUCCAGGGGAGAGCCCAGUGAAGAAUCCAGAGGAGAGCCCAAUCCCAGAGAGCCUGAGAAUGUGUGGCGGUGAUUGUGAUUGCCAUUUGCAGCAACCUACCUGUCUUCCCGUUGUCCCGUUGUGUGAUUACACUCCGCAGAGUGAUUGCCAGCCCACCUAUCAGGUUGAAAACUGCUGUACUUGCCAGGAUAAUCAAUGGCAGAAUUCAGGAUGGCAGAAUCAGGAAUUCCAGGAUUGUAGCCCAAUGAUAAUGCCGAUUUCCCACCAAUGCCAAUGCCAGACAUGUGUCCAGCCAGUCAUGGAUUAUGGAUGCUGUACACCCUCGACCCACUACAUGGAGUACAGGGGAUUCCAGCACAGUCCCAAGCCGAAUCCGGUGUAUGUGACAACGGAUUGCAGUUUAUAUUCCCAGGGAUCUCGGCGGGCACUCUUAUCCAGAGGCAGUUGCACAUCCAUGACACCGGCUGCCACGACCUGCUCGCCCAAGCGAUCGAAUUCCAGAGGAUUUGCUGGUAUAAAGGGGUCCUUUGAGAGGAUGCGUCGUCGGAAGCAGAAGCAAUCGCAAUGCUGUUGUGAAGCCAGGAUGGAAUCGGUAGAGAGGUGUUGUCCCCACAGCCGCAGAAUAAAUCCCCCAGACAAGUGUUAUUACCUAAGGAAACCCACAACGGCGGCUCGGUCCUGCGAGGUUCGUCAGCAUGCUCUCUCCCACGUCCAUGGAAAUUGUCAUUCGGCUCCCAAGCGGCCGUGUCCUGCUCCGCCUCCCUGCGGGAGAUCCAGGUCCAGAAACCGAUCUAGAAGCUGCUCGCGGAGGGGAAAGUCUAGGGCAAGCAGUGUCUGCAGUACGCCCAGCGAUUAUAUGGAGAAGAAUCGGCAAGGGGCUUCGUGCCUCAAGAGCCCCAUAGUGCGGACCACCUCCUGCUACAGUGGGCAUUGCUGCGGAAACUAUAACUGCAGCCGGCCGAGUUCGCGAUCCCCAAGCUGCCAGAGGCCCCAACGGUGUUGUCGCAAGCAGCCUUCCUGCCCCAUGGAGGAGCCCAUGGUAUGCUUCCGAACGAGCUCGCGGUCGCCGAGCUGCCAGAGGCACCAGUCGGGAAGCACCAAGCGCAGUUGUCGCAAGCCACCGCCCUGCUCCAACGAAACCCUGAUGGAGAUGCCCGUGAAGAGCUAUCGAUUCAGUUGUCCCGAAAACCGGACCAUGACGCUGUGUCCCCAUUGCCAGAAGACGAUGAGGCAGAGGUGUUUGUCGCCGAACAAGAGAUGUGCCUCUGGAGCGUCUCAAAGAUGCUGUUGCAAGUGCAGACCAAGGACCAAGAUGCCAGAAGUUGCAAGCAAUCGGUGCAUCUACAGGACCCUCAGCCGGAACUUGACGCGUCCCAAGUCGUCAGCUUUCAAAACCAAGUACGAGCUGAUCCUGUGCUGCAAGGAUCGGCGUUGCCAGGGCGGAGCCAAUGAUCACCACCAUCAUCACCACUAUAAGACGGGUACCAUAGCUGCAAACUUAAAGAGGACGCAGAAAUACGCAGAGGGUCUCUCUGUGUCGCCUACCAGGACAUCCUCGCAGAGAUCGAAUUACUCCAAUGGACAUGGUUCCGUACGAUAUUCCACUCCGAGACCAUCAUUGGCUGUGCCAGCACCAGCUAACGCCUACCAAAGUCGAGCCAGGACACAUUCCGAUCACCAUUCAAGUCGAGCAGCUGCUCCGCCGCCUGCCCAGAGGCGAAGUCAACCUGAGCACAUGGUUUCGAUGCCGGGAAGAGAUCCUCGUUUGUCUUCAAUGUCGGGAAGAGUUCCUCUCUCGGCUUCAACGUCAGGAAGAGAUCCUACCAUAGCUUCAACGUCGAAAAGAGAUCCUCGCAUAACUUCGAUGCCGGGCAGAGAUCCUCGUCUGGGUUUAAUGGCGGGAAGGGAUAAUGCUCCAACGUCGGGAAGAGAUUCUUCCACAGCUCCAAGGACACCUGCGAAUUUACCACAAAUGCAACAGCAAAUGCCACAGCAAAUGCCACAGCAAAUGCCACAGCAAAUGCAACAGCAAAUGCCACAGCAAAUGGCGCAACAAAUGACGCAACAAAUGACGCAACAAAUGGCACCACAAAUGGCACCACAAAUGGCGCCUCAGUUAGAACCUCAAUUUGCUGUCCCGGCAGCACCCCAGCAGCAACAUAGGAGCAUGCCGGUGGGAGGUGAAGUCCCCAGUCCUUCAAAGCAUCGACAUCGGUCCAACAGAGAGCGAUCCCACCGCAAGGAAAGGGAACAGGAGCAACAGCAACCGCAGCAGGAACAUUUCCAUCAGGUGGAACCUCAUCAGCCAUCCCAACCAGAACCCAGAUUCCCAAAACUAGCCCCUGGUCACAUUGCUAAUCCUACGCCGCCAGCAGAUCACCAAGGACAGAGGGCAGCCAAUUAUCUGGGCACGGAGAUAAAUCCCUAUUACCGAGGGGCCUUUCUCAACACACGUUCCUCGGCGGAGCCUCGCACUCACCCCGCGGUUCCCGUUCAACCGAGGCCGCAGGAGUUCAUGGAACCCAGGAGGGAGAGACUCUCUGCGAUGAUGCUGAUGCCACCAAAGUGGACGGGAUUGGGUCAACUGCAGUCCUGGGUCUUUGGUGAGCCCUACGUGCCCACCACCUCGCGCAGCAGUCCGUGGAGCUGGCGCCAGCUCUUCGGGCGGUCCAAGAAGCGGAAUCAGGCCAGGUCUCGGGAUGCCAACCUAGGCCUCGAGGCACGUGUCGGAGCUUGGGAUUGGCAUAUUUUAUUUUAUGAAUCUCUUUUCGGUAACAACAAAAUUAUGGACCACAGGACGAGCUCUGAGGCGUUUAACCAGACCUACUCCUCCCACGAAUCAUGCGUCUCCGAUGUCUCCCACCAGACAGCUCACGAUCCCCGCCGGCGAACCAGCGAUCCGUGUCCUGGCAGUCAGCCGGCUAAUCCCGAGAGGAUUUAUGUGCUGAGGAACUGCGAUAGGUGUCCGGAUUACACGAUCUCACCCUGCCAGGAGAACAUGCAGUGUCCCAUGUGUUCCUCCAACUGCUCAAGAGGGUCUCCCAGUCGUUCCACUAACUGCUCCCAGGAGAUUCUUUGUGGCGAACAAGUGAAGCCAAGGAAGUCGCCCAAGCCACCUAAGGCUGCACCAGACCAGAAGAAGCAUCACACCAAACGUCGCUCCGGCGGAACCAAUGCGAUUUGUCCACUCUGCGGCCAAGUGGAGAUCAUUCAGCCUGGCCAGAACAUGUGUCCCCUCUGCAAUGAGAGGAUCCACACGGCGGUCAACAACUAUCUCCAGUGUCAGUGUGAGGGGAAGGAACAGCCAGGAACUUCUACCCCGCACCAGAAUGGACAAUGGCAACAGGCCGAUGCGAAUCCGAACCUCAAUGUCAUUGUCCUGCAGGACUGUCAGAAUAAGCAGGAAAUGUUCGAUCAACUAUCCAUGGCCAUGAAUCGCAAUGCAGGUCAAGUGGAGAAUCCACAGCCAACUUGUUACCAAAACAGCCAAAACAACCAAAACAGCGGCUACUAUCAGCAAAAUGCAAACAAGUGCCAGAAUAAUACGAAUAACUACCAGAAUAAUCCCAUUUCCGGCCACACUAACUACGAGUACAUGGACUAUAAUAGAGGCUAUGAGCACUCGAAUGAUUGCCGCUACAAUAUGGGUCCUGGCCAGGGUCACUCUUCGUGUCCACGUCCCCAUCCUUGUUGCUGCUCAGAACACUAUGAUGACUAUAGAUACUCGUGUCGUACGCCUUGCACCAGCUUCGACUGCAGCAUGAGGGAAGCUCCGUACUUGAGGGAAGAGGAACCGUAUGAUGAUGACUUCCCGGAUGAGGAUAUGGAUCAUGGACAGAGCUGCGACUGCGCCUGCACCUGCAACUGCGAGUUCUGCCGCAAGGGAUUCGAGACCAAGGAACAGCUUGCCAUGCUGAUAGCUCAGGCUCUCGAGAUUUUCAUUCAAGGACAUCAGGCAAAGAAGAAUAAGCCCAAGAAGAAGAAGAAGAAGAAAGCCCAAAACGAAAAGCGAAGGACGGCAGGAUCGACUGAUGUCAAGCCAGAGGACCUUCCGCCCAGGGAGUUCAAGCAACCCAGACCCAGGAUAAGGGUUCCAGGGAAAUCUCUCGAUCGUUCUUACUACCCCAGGAAAUGCACUCCUCCUCAGAUGCAUGUUCUCUCCCAAACCCUGGAAUCAUUUCAAUCCCCUGCUGAAAAGCAGAAUGCUCCCAAACCGGCUAACAAGAUGACAAAGCCCAAUGUGAAUGACAAGAAGAACAGCCAGGUAAAUCUCAAUCGUUUCUGCUGCAAGCAGCAGGCAUCCAAGGACUCAUCGUUGCCGAACGAGCCCUCAAAUGCGGAUAGUUCCCAGAGGAACUCCAAACCCCCGGUCUUCUUCCUUCCGGGAAGUGCCUCCUGGCCCCGUUCCUGCUCCAAGUGCGGCGGUGGCGACAGCCGCAGGCGCAGGAGAGCCCGUCGAAGGGGCAGACAUCAAAACCGACAUCAUCAUCACACAGAGUCCAAUGAGGGCCAGCGGACUGGUGGUGUGGAUAGCCGAUACCAGGACGAAGGAUGCAAUCGCUGUUCCGGUGCUAAUCCCUACAGAUCAUCCGGCGGCGGUAAGAACACCGCAGUCCUGUUGGGCCUCAGUCCCAUUGCCCAUUACAGGCCGGGAAUGAUGAAGUUUCCGGUGAACUAUCUCCUCGCGGGCACCAAUUACAGACGCAGUCUGGUGCGCACUGCUGCCGGUGUUACCCUCCACCAGAAACCCUACAUGGACAAGGACGAGGUCAAGGAUCUGCCCAGCUUUCCCCGCCACAAAGAGUCGAGCCAUCUGGACUGCCGAAUGCCGCCAGCCAAGAAAUGGCUGUGAGCUCCUUGAAAGAGAGCGCGGAAGAGACCGGAAAUUAUGCAUUGUCGGGGACCGAAGCUCUGCUUCGAUCCGCGACUUAGUGCAUAAGUCCGUCCAGCCGCGUGGUGGUCUAUAGUUUUAGUUCUUCAAAAUUUCCAAGUAAUCCAAAUUAAUCAGUAUUUAUCCAUCAAGCAAUAAAUCGGAGAACCCAAAAA